AUUUACUGAGAAGUCUCUUAACAUCAUCCUCUCGCUCUUGGUCGGAACCAUGUCGCGGACGCGGAAGAUUAAGGAUGUACACGCCGAGGGUAAAACAGGUGUGUUCUGGGACGUGGUGGAUUUCCCAAUCCCUACUGCUGAAUGUGAUCCUGAUUUGAUAUCUAAGAAGAUCAAAUCAGCUCUUGAUGAAAAGGGUUGUUAUAAUGGUCCUGUGUCAAUCUCGUUGUACGACGACGUCGAAGAUGACAAAAUCACGAAACAAGAAUUGAUAGAUAAAUACGAGGCUGCCGGAGUCAGUUUAAAUUUCGUACCCAAAGUUGCUGAGGCUCAUGGAUAUGAGAGAGUUCAUAAGAUGUUCUUGGACAUUGGUUUGUGCGUACUGAAAAAGGGUGAAUGGUCCAAUUUGAUUAUACUCUCUAAAUACCUCAAAGAGAUAGAGAUGUUGGCUUUUCUUGGCUAUUUGCGUUCCUUCAGUAUCAAUGUUGAAGCAUCUGAAGUGAUACCUCCUACUGAACGCUCCGAAUGGCUUUGGCUUAGGCUUUGUGAAAGCCUACCAUCACAAGGAAGCGGAAGCUCACAACUCUAGUGUUGACGAUUAAAGCUCAAGUGUUGUGGUGAUAUGAAGAGGAGACUAGUUAUAUAAUCUGUGAUUGAUGAUUAUUCUUUUUUGCUUUUGAUCAUUUAGUUCUAGAGUUUAAAGAAAAAAAUGAUUGAUCCCUUAUAUUUGAAUCUUAUCUUGCUAGAAUUUCUAUC